CUCUCCUAUGUUGGGGCUUAUAAAAGAGAGAGGGGCAGAUAGUAAUAGGACAAGAGGGAAUAGUUUUAGACUAAAAGAGGUGAGGUUUCGAUUGGAUAUUGGGAAGGAAUUCUUCCCUGUGAGGUGGUGAGGCCCUGGCGCAGGGUGCCCAGAGCAGCUGUGGCUGUCCCAUCCUUGGCAGUGUCCAAGGCCAGGUGGGGCAGGGGGCUUGGAGCACCCUGGGACAGUGGAAGGUGUCCCUGCCAUGGCAGGGGGUGGCACGGGCUGGGCUGUACGGCCCCUUCCAGCCCAAACCCGGGUGUGGCUCCGUGCUUUCCGCGGCCCCCGGGUCACCGCGGGCCCGUCGGGGGCGAGCUCCGGGGUCGCGGGAGUGGGCGGGGCCCCGGGCGGGUCAAGCCCCGCCCCCAUGGGAGGUGCACUGUGACGUCACCGCCGCUCCGCCGCAGCCCCAGCGCAGACGGAGCCGCCCGGUCCCGGUGCCGUUCGGGUCCCGGUGCCGUUCCGGUCCCGCCGCGAUGCCCUCGGACCGGCCCUUCAAGCAGCGCCGCACCUUCGCGGAUCGUUGUAAAGAAGUGCAGCAGAUCCGAGAGCAGCAUCCAAACAAAAUCCCGGUCAUCAUUGAACGCUACAAAGGGGAGAAACAGCUGCCAGUGCUGGAUAAAACCAAGUUCCUUGUCCCAGACCAUGUCAACAUGAGUGAAUUGGUCAAAAUAAUCCGGCGCCGCUUGCAGCUGAAUCCCACCCAGGCGUUCUUCCUGCUGGUGAACCAGCACAGCAUGGUCAGCGUGUCCACCCCCAUCUCGGAGAUAUACGAGCAGGAGAAGGAUGACGAUGGCUUCCUCUACAUGGUCUAUGCUUCCCAGGAGACCUUUGGCUUCUGAGGGCUGCUCAGAGGUGGCAUGUGGAGACAGAUGAACUGUGGCACAGAGGCCCCUGGCCUCGGAAGACAACACAGCCAGAGGCUCACAAGAGUGGGGCUGUGCUGACCCCCUUCCUCUCCCUCCCUCCCCUUCCCACCACCCUGUCACCAAAGAGGUUCGUGGCGCGUGUUGGACUCGCACAACCCUUCCCCUCUGUGUAGGUCAGUCCCGCUCCCUGCAGGCGCCCGCCCAGGUGUGUGACAGCCCCACCCGGCCGUGCAGACCCCACGUGGGGCCUGGCCCCCUGUCCCCGUGUCCCCUUGUCCCCGCGCUGCUCUCGCUGUGCUGUGUGUGCUCUGCUGCUGCCAGACCCGCUGGGCCACCAUCAGUCACCCCAGCACAGGGAGAGCCACCUCUCCCCCAGGCACUCAUAAAGGGCAGGAGGUCUGCAGAAGCAGCUAACAGAUGUUACCAUUGCUCCCGAGUUUUAAUUGAUUUUAAUUACACCCAUAUCAGAUUCUUGGUGCUACUGAGUAGAUGUAGGCGUCUCUAUAGGACUGUGGAUAAUGUAUAUCCUUUAGAUUUAUUUUAUUGGUUUGUUUGUUUGGGUUUGGUUGGUUUUUUUUUAGGGAUAGAUUGGAAUGGGGAGAGGGGGAAACUUUCAUGUAUUCUGUAGGUAAAUAAAUCAGGCUUCAUUGCACUUUAAAGCAUAGUAGAUGUCAGAGUGGAAUUUUCUUUUAAUUUAUACAGGUUUGCCAUCUAUAGUGCUGCUCCUGUGUUGACGGUUGUACCUAUAUUAUCUUGUUUCUUUUUUUUUUUUCUAAUAAAAUUAAUUUCCCUUCACUCUAUCUCCCCAUUGCAUGCAAUUUUUCAGUCUCAGUGUGUCAAGGAGUUCACUGGAGGAAUGUACUGAUUUAUAUUUGCUAUGUUCCUGUCCCUGUUUCUCAUGUAUUAUACAAAAAAAUGUAUAUGAUAAAAUCCCCCCCAGUUUAAUCUAUACAAAGGUAUAUAUAUAUAUAUAAAUAUAUAUAUAAAAUAAACAUAAAUUCAAGUUG